AAGCAGGGCCCCGGCUCGCGCUCCCUCGACGGGGCAGAGUCUCGCGAGAGGACAUGUCCGCGGCAGGCGCUUCGAAAGAAGCUUCCUGAACACAAUGGAGCACUUCGGGAUGGUAGAUCUGGAAGAUGAAUCGGGAUUAUUGUCGCGCCUCGCACCCAGUCCUCACAGCGAAGCUGUUGCUCAUGAACUUCAGGAACUUUCCUUGCAGCCGAACCAGUGGUUGCCCUCGCUCACCGAAAGGAAGAAUGUUCUGCAACUGAGGCUACAGCAAAGACGGACAAGAGAACAGCUAGUAGACCAGGGAAUCAUGCCACCCUUGAAGAGCCCUGCUGCAUUCCAUGAGCAGAUCAAAAGCUUAGAAAGAGCCAGGACUGAAAACUUCUUGAAGCACAAGAUACGGAGUCGACCUGAUCGAUCGGAGUUGGUCAGAAUGCACAUUCUCGAAGAGACCUUUGCAGAGCCCUCCCUGCAGGCCACGCAGAUGAAGCUGAAGAGAGCCCGCUUGGCCGAUGAUCUGAACGAGAAGAUUGCCCAGAGGCCCGGCCCGAUGGAGCUGGUGGAAAAAAACAUCCUGCCUGUCGACUCCAGUGUCAAAGAAGCCAUUAUAGCUGUUGGCCAGGAAGACUAUCCUCAGACUCUGGAUGAUUUCUCCUUUGAUGAGGACAGUAGUGAUGCAUUAUCUCCAGACCAACCUGCCAGUCAAGAAUCCCAGGGCUCAGCACCAUCUCCCGGUGAAGCUAAAGCAAGAGAAGCCGCCUCUCCAGCCACCUCCGUCUCCUUUGCCAACCAGUAUCCAGCGUCAGUAUCUUCCGUGCCUGAAUUUUUGAAGCCCUCUUUCACUGAUCAGCACACUCCAUUCUCUACAACUACUGCUCCUGUUAGCACAACUACUACGUCCGCACCAAAACAUUGCAGUGGGCCAACACUAAUAAAGCAACCCCAUUUCAGGAACCCGAACGAGAAGCCCCGGAGCAAGAAGUGCAAAGAGCCAAAGCCCAGAGUGAAGAAGCUCAAGUACCACCAGUACAUCCCACCUGAUCAGAAAGGUGAGAAGAAUGAGCCGCAGAUGGACUCCAACUAUGCUCGCUUGUUGCAACAACAGCAGCUUUUUUUGCAACUGCAGAUUCUGAGCCAACAGCAACAGCACUACAACUACCAGACGAUACUUCCCGCGCCACUCAAGCCUGUGAGUGACAAGCAGAGCAACACUAGGAAUGUGCAACUGAAUACGUUGAGCAAUUGCACAUCUUCGGGUGGAAGCAGCAAAUCGAGGCAAAACAAUAAUGUUUCCAACAGAAAACUCGGACCUCUCCCUCCUAGCUUGGAUGACCUAAAGGUUGCUGAGCUGAAAAUGGAAUUAAAGCUCAGAGGUUUGCCAGUGUCGGGGACAAAAAUGGAUCUUAUUGAGCGAUUGAAGCCCUAUCAGGAUCUGAACAAUAAUUCUGUCAACGCAAGAAACGAAGUGAACAUUUCUUCCGGGAAUGAUACGAGCAAUUCUGGGGAAUUCCCUGUUGUGACAUUAAAUAAGCCGGACGUGAGUUCCAUCCCGGCCUUCCCUUCCGAAAUGAGGCCGGUUGGGACCGAAAGGAGCUCCGCGCCCAUGGACUGCGCCAGCUCCCCGUCUCCUUCAGAGCCAUCUAGUCUUGGCGCCGAUGACACUAACAUGGGAGACACUUUGGCGGAAAUUAUGACCAUCGUGUCCUCCUCGCAGUUGCCAAAUUCCUCACCCGUUCGGCCGACCGCAAACGGAGACAGUCCCAGCGUAGAACCAGACCCGGCAGAAAAGGACCGCAAACUCCAGGAAAAGGAGAAACAGAUCGAGGAGCUCAAAAGGAAACUGGAACAGGAGCAGAAGCUUGUGGAAGUGCUGAAGAUGCAACUUCAGGUGGAGAAGCAAGGACACCAGCAGCAACCCCAAGCGGACACAACGGUGGUUGCGAAUCAGACGUGUGUCAAAAAGGAAGGCUCCGACGCAAGACAGUCCGUGUCUGAAAUCAAGCAUUUCACGGGACAGGCGGCACCGGUGGAGGACCAGAACCCAGUUGCCAAAAAAGCCAUUGUUGUCAAGCAGGAGGUCCCCUUGGCCAAAGCUGAACCACACAAAACGGUGUCUCAGUUCUGCAUCCGUUCUCAGCCCCAAACGGCGUCCGUGGUUGCCCAGCCUCAAGCGCUGCUCGCUGCACAAGGAACGGCACGGCUGCUGCUCCCGGUCUCGUUCCAGGGCCCAAAUGCUGGCGGUUCCGUGCAGCUACCUAUGGACAGCAUUCCUGUACAGGUAAUUCCUACCUCAUCAAAUGCAGUAUUUCCCAGUCAGAAUCAUUCUGUUACAACACUACAGCAAUCCUUGUUUAAUCAGGCAUCAAAUGCCACAGUUCCCUCGGGAAACCAGGUCCCUUUGGUGCAGAAUGGACCCAGUGCGCCCCAGAAGCCGCCCUCCCCGUCUCAGGCCCAGCAUUACGUUUUGCCACAGCCGCUGUUUGGCAGCUCAGCCACGCUGACAAAAGACCCUCCGCGCUACGAAGAAGCCAUCAAACAAACACGCAGCUUUCAGGCUCCUCAACCUGAGAUUUCCAGUGCGCACAGCCAGCAAAUGGAUGACCUCUUUGAGAUCCUCAUCAAGAGCGGAGAGAUAUUCAUGCCGACCAAGGAAGAGUCUGCUGUGAUUUCCAGAAUGAGCCCAGUGACGGCCAAUAUCAGCACGAUGCCGGUGAGCACGGUGGUCUCCCGCCCUCCGCCGCGGGUGCAAGUGGCGCCUCCGCUCUCCUUCGGGCCGGCCGGCGACUCCUCCCUGUGCCUGGAGAACCAUCUGGAAGCUCUUCUGGAAGGCGAUGGCAAGGACGGAGACACCUUCUCCCUCAUCGAGGACCUCCAGGACGACCUGCUGAACCACCCUGGCUUGCUGGAUCCCUCCCAGGCGCCCAUGGAAACGUCUGAUUUGCCCUUCGGCGCAGCUGCGAAUAAUCCCUGCUUGUCUCUCGACCUCCCAGACGCCAUGGAGUGGUUGGACAUCACGAUGCCAAACGCCUCCUCGGGGUUGACGCCGCUCGACUCGACCUCCCCGAGCGUGUUUUCCACGGAUUUCCUCGAUGCGCAGGAUCUGCAGCUGCACUGGGAUUAACCCGAGGGGCAAAGCUCGGCCGCUCGCUCGCGGGUUUUCAAGACGCGCAUCACAAUGCUGGUCCAUUGCCUUUCAGGUCCGAGGAAUCGGUCUUUCCGAAUUUGUAGAAAGAGAAGCGUAAGUAGCGAAAACAAAGAGCGAUAUUCUGCUAAGAUAGAGUUAUACAGUAGAGUCUCACUUAUCCAACGUAAACGGACCGGCAGAACAUUGGAUAAGCAAAUAUUUUGGAUAAUAAGGAGAAAUUAAGGAAAAACCUAUUAAAUAUUAAAUUAGGUUAUGGUUUUACAAAUUAAGCACCAAAACAUUUUAUACAACAAAUUUGUCAGAAAAAGUAGUUCAAUACGCAGUAAUGCUAUGUAAUAAUUACUGUAUUUACGAAUUUAGCACCAAAAUAUCACGAUAUAUUGAAAACAUAGACUACAAAAAUGUGUUGGAUAAUCCAGAACGUUGGAUAAGUGAGACUCUACUGUAUUCUACUAAGAUAGAGUUAUACAGUAGAGUCUCACUUAUCCAACGUAAACGGGCCGGCAGAACGUUGGAUAAGCAAAUAUGUUGGAUAAUAAGGAGAGAUUAAGGAAAAGUCUAUUAAAUAUUAAAUUAGGUUAUGAUUUUACAAAUUAAGCACCAAAACAUUUUAUACAACAAAUCUGACAAAAAAGUAGUUCAAUACGAAAUAAUGCUAUGUAGUAAUUACUGUAUUUACGAAUUUAGCACCAAAAUAUCACAAUGUAUUGUAAACAUCAAAUUAGGUUAUGAUUUUACAAAUUAAGCACCAAAACAUGUUAUACAACAAAUUUGACAGAAUUAAGCCCCAAAACAUCAUGUUAUACAACAAAUUUGUCAGAAAAAGUAGUUCAAUACGCAGUAAUGCUAUGUAGUAAUUACUGUAUUUAUAAAUUUAGCACCAAAAUAUCACAAUGUAUUGAAAACAUUGACUACAAAAAUGCGUUGGAUAAUCCAGAACGUUGGAUAAGUGAGACUCUACUGUAAUAAGAGGGCUUUGCAAUCCUGUGAAAAGACAUAGCUGCACACGGUGAAAGACAUAGCUGCACACGGGAGGGAACGUGGUGCAUUGUAUAUAACGGCGCAAAUCUAUCACAAUAUUAUGGCACUAAAACAUUCCAGAGGAAACUGAAGGAAACAGGUGGGAUGUUUUAAAACGAUGGAGGCUGGAGGGCAGGGGAAAUAAUUACUCAGCCGUGUAUAUCUAUUUGGGAAUAAUAUUCCUACGGUUCCUACAAUAGGACUACUCUGAGCUAGCUGACCCAAAGAGAACACAUUUUUAAAAAAUGCUUGAAAUUUGGCCUUUUAUUUCAAAUUCUUCCUGACUUUAAAAAAAAUAUAUCUCCAUGAUCAGUUCUGACCCAAAGGCUGCUAUUUUGUUAAACCUAAUAAUGGAUUGUUUGUUUCCGAUGGUAGCACUGCUUGUGCCAUUUCCCCGUAAACUCGUGGUCUCGGAAUGGCAUUUUUAUCACUGAGUGGAAAAUGGACCCAGGUGACGGUCACACCUUCCCUUUCAAGGCAGGUAAUCUCUAAAAUCGUAUUUUGAAAUACGCUAAAUAAAGGUGUAUAUAAGAAGCAGACACAUUUCCCUGCUCUGACAAGACGGGUUGCCUCUACUCCAAGGGAGCUCUUUGCUGCCAUGUCAUAUUUGUCUGUUUUAGAGGCUCGUGCUUUGGAUGGCUAAUGGGUAUCUUGAUAUCUGUAUUGACUCCUGUAUCUACCGACGUCUUUUCGGAGCUAUUUCCAAUCAUUUCCUCCUUUACCUGGGAAUUUUCUGCAUGUGAGCUAUGUGCUUCUCCACUGAGCAACCGCUGGUCGUUUGAACCCAAAGAAAGAGGAUACAUCAGUUUACUUAGCUGUAUUAUAAUAAUAAUAAUAAUAAUAAUAAUAAUAAUAAUAAUAAUACUACUACUACUCUGGCAGAAACCAGUGCAGGUGGUCCCGGUGGUGAUGGGCACACUGGGUGCCGUGCUAAAAGAUCUCAGCCGGCAUUUGGAAACAAUAGACAUUGACAAAAUUACGAUCUGCCAGCUGCAAAAGGCCACCCUGCUGGGAUCUGCAGCAUCAUCCGAAAAUACAUCACACAGUCCUAGACACUUGGGAAGUGUUUGACUUGUGAUUUUGUGAAACGAAAUCCAGCAUAUCUGUCUUGUUUGCUGUGUCAUAAUAAUAAUAAUAAUAAUAAUAAUCAUCGUCAUCAUCAUCAUCUGCCAACUGCAAAAGGCCACCCUACUGGGAUCUGCACGCAUCAUCCGAAAAUACAUCACACAGUCCUAGACACUUGGGAAGUGUUUGACUUGUGAUUUUGUGAAACGAAAUCCAGCAUAUCUGUCUUGUUUGCUGUGUCGUAAUAAAAUAAUAAUAAUAACUUUAUUCUUAUACCCCGCCUCAUCUCCCCGAAGGGACUUGGGGCGGCUUACAUGGGGCCAAGCCCGGCACAACAAUAUAAAAACAAACAGUAAAAACAGAUCAAUCAACAAUAAAACAUCAAACAACGAUAAAAACAGUCAUAAAAGUCACAUACAAAAUGAAAUCUUAAAAUCCCAAUAAUCUGGGUCAAGGUGCAAAUAUGUCGAUGUCAACAGGGAGGGGAGAUUACCCAGCUGUCAUCUGGACUAGAACCUCUCAUAGUCCGAACAGCUGAAACAAAAUAGAUUUCCUACUUUGAAUUUUAUUUCCAGACAUUAUAAUGUUAUGCCGAAGGCCUUUAUGGCUGGAAUCCCUGGGUUGCGGUGAGAUUUGGCCAUGAUCUGGAAGCAUCCUCUCCUGACGUUUCACCCACAUCUAUGCCAUGCAUCCUCAGAGGUUCCGAGUUCCGUUGGAAACUAAACAAGCAAGGUAUUUAUAUAUAUAUAUAGAUAGAUAGAUAGAGAUAGAGAUAGAUAGAUAUAGAUAUAUAUAAUACCCUGCUUGUUUAGUAUAUAUUUUGUUUUGUAUAUAUAUUAUACCCUGCUUGUUUAUCCACCCUGGACAUUAUUCCAUAUACAGUAGAGUCUCACUUAUCCAAGCUAAACGGGCCAGCAGAAGCUUGGGUAAGCGAAUAUCUUGGAUAAUAAGGAGGCAUUAAGGAAAAGCCUAUUAAACAUCAAAUUAGGUUACGAUUUUACAAAUUAAGCACCAAAACAUCAUGUUAUACAACAAAUUUGAAAGAGAAAGUAGUUCAAUACGCAGUAAUGUUAUGUUGUAAUUACUAUGUGAUGUAUUAUUAUUAUUAUUAUUUUAUUAUUAUGACACAGCAAACAAGAUCGAUAUGCUGGAUUUCGUAUCACAAAAUCACAAGUCGAACACUUCCCAAGUGUCUAGGACUGUGUGAUGUAUUUUCGGAUGAUGCGUGCAGAUCCCAGUCGGGUGGCCUUUUGCAGUUGGCAGAUUGUAAUUUUGUCCAAGUCUAUUGUUUCCAAAUGCCGGCUGAAAUCUUUUGGCACGGCACCCAGUGUGCCCAUCACCACCAGGUAACAACAACAACAACAACAACAACAACAACAACAACAACAACAACAACAAUAAUAAAUAUUGAGGCUGGGAGGCCAUCUGUCAGGAGUACUUUGAUUGUGCUUUUGGUGCACAAAGGCAGAAGGGGGUUGGACUCAAUGGCCCAAGGGUUUAUUAUUAUUAUUAUUAUUAUUAUUAUUAUUAUUAUUAUUAUUAUUAUUAUUAUUAACAUUGAGGCUGGGAGGCCAACUGUCAUGGGUGCUCAGCUUGUUCCUUUUGUGCACAAAGGCAGAAAGAAGGAGAUUGGACUCAAUGGCCCAAGGGGUCUCUUCCAAUCCUCAUUAUUAUUAUUAUUAUUAAUAAUAAUAAUGAUUAUUAUUGCUCGGUGGCCAACUAUAGUCUGGCCCUCCAACGGUCCAAAGGAUCGUGAACUGGGCCCCUGUUUAAAAAGUUUGGGGACCCCUUCUCUACUGUAUAUGGAAUAAUGUCCAGGGUGGAUAAAGUUAAGAAACUCCUGUCUGUUUGAGGCAAGUGUGAAUGUUGCCGUUGACCAACUUGAUUAGCAUUGAAUAGCCUUGCCGCUUCAAAGCCUGGCUGCUUCCUACCUGGGGGGGGGGGAAUCCUUUGUUGGGAGGUGUUAACUGGCCCUGAUUGUCUCCUGUCUGGAAUUUCCCUGUUUUCUGAAACUGAAUGGAGAAACCCAUGCUCGAUCGUUUCCUUUCUCUAUUUUGUGGUAACAAUCAUGCUUUCGUUGACAUUUCUCUUCUCGUUUGUCGUCACGAUGAUGUGUCUUAGCACCUCGCUUAGGAAACAAAACCAAUCCCAAUGUAGACAGACAGACAGACAGACAGACAAACUCGUUUAUUUCAAUGCUAGUUCAAGGAAGGGAAUCUAUUCUUUUCCCACAAGCCUUUGGAAAGGAAGCCACGGUUGCCUUUGGAUUGGAUCCUUGCAGUCCGACAAAUCAAUUCCAUGCGCUCCCUUUGCCAUGUUUUGCACAUUGUACUGUAUGUAAUGCAGACUGUAUUUUUUAUAUGUGUAGUGAUUUUAUCCUAUAUUUUGUACAUAGUGGCAAUAUUGCGGCUAAGGAGGGGGAAAAAAAUGUUUAUCUUCUCAAUUUCACAAGUUUGUGUGGCAAAUAAAUGAAUUAAUUUA